GAUUCCGACCUCACCAUGAGGAAACAAAAGGAAAUGUUCUGCCAUCCGAGUUCGGACUUCGGAGGCCGACUCGAACUCUACUCCGUGUCUCCGACUCCGAUCGUGCUCACGGGAGCAAUAAAAUACAUGGCACGCGCUCGAUCUCCAUCCACCCAUCCUGCCAUCCACCACGUACUCAACUUUCUGGCGUCCAAGUCCAAGUCGCGAAGAAGGAGAUCGUCAGUGGCGUCCAAGUCCAGGUGGAGGUCAUGCCCGCCGGCGGCAUGAAGCCCUUGUACUCCGCGCCGGGGCACCUCCGCGGCGUGCUGGCGCGAGACCCCUCGGUUUGCCUCGCCGCGGUCGAGGUGUUCUCCUUCUCCGUGCCCACGCGGAAGCGCACCAAGCGCACCCGCAACCACGUCGAGGCUGAGGCGGAGGUUCUAACCGUCGGCGGCGAGAAGCCCGUCGACCCUGCGCUUGAUCGCCUCCACAAGCGGAUGGCUCUGGAGCUCGAGGCCCUACGCGAACUCCUGAGGAAGGCUGAGCUCAUACCCCGCAGACCGGCAUGCAAGGGCAGCGCGGCACCCGCCGGCGGCAAGAGCAAGCGGCUCCUGGCCCCCGAACCACGGAUGGAGGCUGGCGGCAAGACGCCGUCGCUGAAGAAGAGGAAGGUUUCGCCCCUGCUGGAGCAGAAGCAUGAUCAGAAGCAGAGGAAGGCGCCACGGAUGUCGCCUGAUGAGAGGGAGCAGCUCGCCGGUCGCCUGGCCUCGCUGGCCGCGGUGCCGGACCAGAUCGUGGAGUUUCUGCAGCAGCAGUUCGGCAGCGACGCCGAUCCCCAAGGUGAGAUCGAGAUCGACAUCCACUCGGUGGAAGAAUCUGUGUUGUUCGAGUUGAAGGCUCGGCUUGACAAGCUCGCCGAGGAACGCCUCGCCGCGGACAUCGUCGUCCCGGAGCAGGGGGACGAGGACGUCGACAUCUGUGCCGGGUCUGAUUCGGACUCGGACAGCAGUAGCUCAAGCAGUGAUUCCGAUGAGAGCAGCUCGGGCAGCGGUUCCGGUAGCGAGAGCGACUCCGACGAGGGCGUAGACGGGCCAGCUCCACCGGCGGUUCUUCCCGGGGAGAACGGCGCCCCUGUGCAGCCGCCGCGUGAGCCAGCACCAGAGGCCGCGCAGAGCACCAAUCCGAUGAGCGUCUCCGGCGACGGCGGUGGCUGUACAGCUCCACCGGCUCUUCUUCCUGAGACUGCACAACCGCCGCCGCAUCGGGCAUCGGAGGUGGCGCAGAGCGCUGAACCGAAGAAGAAAGUCCAAGACGUCCAGCGCGCCGCCGCGCCUAAGGCGGCGGUUUGCUUGCCCAGCGUGCUCUUCAGGGCGAAGGUCCGCCGGGAGCUGCUGAAGAUGGAGAGGGCGGUGCCGCCCGACGAGAGCAUUAACCAACGGGACCUGCGGCGCCUGUGCAUCGCCGAAUAUGGCCGCCCCAGCGUCAUGCGGCAGCUCGGGCUCUUCCUGAUCAAGGCCGACGCGUAGAGCACUGCAGAUCGAGCAGGGGAGUAGUAGGAUAGUUGUAGCCUUGUAGGUGGUAGCGAUGCAGUGAUGGCUCCUCGGCUCCUGAUCAAGACUGACUUGUCUGAAUUCUGAUAAGCUGCUGUCGAUCGUCGCGUGGGUGCUGGUGGCGGUGGCGGCGGCGAUGUUCCUCUACGGCGCGGCGCUGAACAGGGGCGGGACGCGGGGCCUCUCGACAAGCAGGCGGGGCCGCUACGGCCGCGGCUACUACUACUACGGCUGCGUCGUGCUUAAGAGCGGCAUCUUCUCCACGGCGUCCAUCUUGUCCGGCGCCGCUGCGGCGUGCGCGAUCGCGGCCUACGUCUACCUCCAGCGGACGGACGACUACCCGGCCGUACCGGGCCAGUUCGCCGCGCCGGGCGUGGCGAUGGGGCAGCCGCAGUGGUCGCAGCCGUACCCACCGCCGGCCUACCCCCCGCCUCCGGCCUACCCGCCGCCGCCUAUGGCUUACCCUGCUCCUCCGCCGUACGGCGGCUACGGCGCCAAGCAACCUGCGGGGACAGCUUGACGUCAGUUCCAAGUUUCCAACCCACACCGUGUACGGUGUACCGGUGUACGUGUCAUGAAAUAUAUUACGAAUUUGUAAGUGCAAUUUAUCAAAUGUGGAAUCUAUUGCUCCCUCCAUUUUAUGAAA